AUAUAUAUAUCAACAUGGUUGAGAGGAAAUUAUUCAAGACGAAGCUGUGCGUGUUGUAUCAGAAGGGCCGCUGCUCUCGCCAUAGUUGCUCGUUCGCGCACGGCAACUCGGAGCUCCGGGGAGUCUCCGGCUCCUAUUCUGGGAUGCCAACUUGUCUUUAUGGGAUGCUACUUUGAUGUGUGAAGAUUAUCCCAGUGAUGUAUCUUCUCAUUGGAUUUUGUCUUAUUGCUCGACAUGGAUUUCUAUGGCCCUUUGGGGACUGGCAAGAGGCACUAAUAUUGUUCAUUAUUGUGUUUCUCGUGCCGUUCCUUGUGAUGCUAGGCGGGACCAUCAUGGUAGUGACUUGAGGAAUAAGCUUGGUAGAAGGCACUCUCCACCACAAAGGUUUUCACCAGUGAGAGAUACAAGAGGUCGACAAAAACUUCGUGAGUAUAGCUCUUCCAUGUCACUUGAACGAACAAGAAAACGUAGGAAGAAACAGCACUUUGAUGGCCAAGGUGAUUUUUCUGGAAGUUUGAGAAUCUCUGAGGGAACUGAAGAUCAGGUUAAAGAAGGAAAAACCGUGUCCACCAAUCCAAGGGAUGUUCUUGACGAGCAGUUAAAGAAAAUGCAGUUGGAUAUUAACGUGCUUGAGAAUCGGAAACUUCAACUAGGGGUCUUUUUGGAAGAGAGGGUCCAAGAAGCAGAUAGUUUGACUUCUAGAAUUCAAGAGCUUCAGGUUCAAUUAUACAAAGAGAAAGAUGAAUGUAAAAGGAUCACCUCAAGAAUGAAGAAGUUUGUGAAGGCACAGAAUCGUCAUUCACGUAUACAAGAUGAACUGAAGAGAUCACAAGUGCGACUUCAGAAGUUGGGAGAUCAGCUUGGUUCAGAUAUUUCUAGAAAUGUUGCCAAUGAAGAGGAUUCCAUAAAUAUUGUGAGUGAUGGAGAAACUGGUGGUUUUCCUGUAACCACUCCACACAAUGAGCUGCAGAAUGAUGCUUCUUCCGGCAAGAAAGGGCUUUGUGUUAAUCGAGAUCCUUCUAAAGUACCAAAACAAGCUGAUUUAACAAAAGUAGGACAUCCGGAGAAAACAAUCAGAUCCAAGAAGCUUUCUAGGUGGAAUCUGCAACCUGUUCAAUUAAAUGAAGGUAACGAAAUUAAGGCAAUGAACAAUGGAAAUGACAGUACUAAGAGCCUUGCAAAUGAAGGCAAGCAUAAACGAGGAAAAACUGUUCCUGCUAGCAUCCUCACUGCAUAUAAGAUGAAGGGUUUGGAGUCAACACCUGUGGUACCACCAACCAGCAUGGCUGCUCAUGUAGAAGAUGAAGAAGUUGAAAUUGAAUUGGAGGACAGAACUGGAGUGGUUGAAACUGCCACUACAGGAAUUGAGAAAGGACCCGCCGAUGAGAUCAUCAUGGGUGUGCCAUUUCCACUUCCCCCGCCUCCUCCAAUCCGCCAGAAUAGUUAUUCACUGUAUAAGGGUGAUAAUGAGAACGUGGAUGUGGAUGGGCACGAAGAAGAGAUUGUUAAUGUGGACACUAUUUGAUAUUUAAAUGUAAGUAUUAAGAAUUUUGAUGUUAUCUCAUUUUAGCUUUUUCUUCAUCUUUGUUCGUACUCAUCAGCGGAAGCAUAGGGUAGUGAGCAUCAUGUACAAAGCUGGAUUCUGUGGAUGUAAUGAUUCACUUUGUUGGAUGUGUCA